CCGUCGCGCCUCGGCAUCCCGUGUGAGUCUCGACCCGUCUCGCCACCUGGAUUUCAAGUAUACCAUCGUUGUCGGCGAUCUCGGAUGAGGAAAAGAGAUACAGUGAGUACCAUACGUGUCAAUAGUCUUCCGUUCUACUCGAAAAUCGUCUUUUCCACUAAAGAAGCGGACAAGAAAAUCGAUCAAGCUGGCGCCAUUCAAGCUUCGUUUUUCAAAGAUGUCCAAGUCGCGAAGCGGCGGCAGCAAGGGUAGCCGCAGUAACAGCACGGAAUCGGAAGAUCCUUGCCAACAGCAUUCGAUUAAUUCACCACACUUGCCGACAUCGGAUACACUCGGAACGAACGGCAACAGUUUGGUCGUCAGAAACGAAUCGACGGUGCCCAGUUCACCUCCGCCUUCUUAUCAGCACGUUCUCGAAGAGACGAGAAUGGAGCAAUCGGCUGAUAACGAGGGAGAAGAGGAAAUGGACGAGGUAGAAGAGUAUACAGAAAAACAACGACAAGCUUUGAAGAGGAACAAAACUGCUGUUAGCGGUGAAGGAGGAGGUGGUGGUGGUGGUAGUGGUUGCGGUCCAGGAGGUGGAGGUAGACAGCCUGUCAAAGGGACAGAAAUUCUUCACAAAUCGAGCAAAGAGUUUUAUAGAGCGGUUGCCAAACAAUGGGGAAUUACUUGUAAAAUGAGCGAUCAUUGCAGAUGUCUUGAUUGUCAGAGCCAUUACUUCGACUGCGAAUAUGAAAAGGAUGAGCAAGAGAAAACCGACGGUGGACUUGGCGCCGGCACGCCGAUGUUCAUUUCCGGAGUGAUGCACGGCACGAGCUGUGUUCUCCUAUAAGAAGAACAAAUUUUCACAAACCGACAGAAUCAUUUUUGCUUUAUCGAAGCCGAAUUCAUCCGUGUUUGCGCACAAAAAAAAAAAGAAAGAAAGAAAGUUUAAGCAGUUUCUCGAAAUGGGUUGAAUCACGGAAAGAGUACGAAGAUGCUUACGAAGAUUGAUUGUUAAGAGGGACAAAGACGUUGAGACGGAUAAGAAACAGAGAAAGAGUAAGAAGUGCACUCGAUGACGCAAUAAAAAUCCGACUACGGGGAGUAAUUUCCGUUUAGGAGGUAUCCGGAGGUAGAGUCAAAUUAAUAAAGAAAUAUCGAAUCUUUAGAUUUAUCUUCUGUACACUCGCGAAAUCUGUAAUUUUCGAUUUCUUCCUCUCUUUCUCUCUCUAGUUAUCUCUAUCUCUCUCUCUCUCUCUCUUUCUCCCUCUUUCUUUCUCUUUAUCUGUCUAUCUAUCUAUCUUCCUUCUCGAUCAAGAAAAAAGAUUCCCCAUGAUAACAAUUACGUAUGUACUUAUGUACAUCCGCGAUUUUUCACCGACAACUUUUAUGCGAGUUGAUGAUCCGUAGACGAAGAAUAACACUUGUCAAUUUUUUGCUCGUGGUCUGAUUCAUAGAUUAUCCUCAAGGAUAAACACGAAGAACGCGGCAACGUGCAAUUUGUAUAUUUCAUGAGAACGUAACUAAGAUCCAAUAACCCGAGUUAAUUUUAAUAAAAUCUAAUCACGGGUUACGUAGAAUUCAUUCGUUCGUGAAUUUCCAUUUUGAUUGUGAGCUUGUGUCCCUCUUAAGGACUUCGUGCAACCUACAUCAAGUCUACCAAUUCCUUUUUCUUUGAGAUAUUAAUCACACCGACUGGUUUUUUAUAGUACUCGAUACGACAAAACAGUUUUACGAGAAUCCAUAAAUAAACGGGCCUACGUUCUUUCGACGACAUAGAAGUAUAUCUUUUUUCACUAAAGUUAAGAUUCAUGAACGGACGCUCUAGUUUUCUGUGGGAUAUUAGAACAGCAAGAGAAAAAAAUACAAAAAAGUAGAUAGAGAUAUUUACCGAUUAGAAAAUAAAAACAAAAAAAAAGAAAUCCAGCGAUUUCCGACAGCGUAACAUCCGAUGGAACAUCGCGACUCGAAACACAUGAAAGUAAUUUAGUAAUAUAGUAAUGAAAGAUCUGGAUCAUCGAGCAUCUGUUCGGUGGGAUGCAUGUUUCGCGAUUCGUUACAUGAGCUACGUUCGGUCGUGACGAACACGUUCUUAAAUUAAAGUGUGCGCACGAAGAAUUUGAUCGAGGACGAUCGCAUUUAAACUUCCAGCAUUCGUUUUCGUUCGUGUUGAAGUUUCUUGGAUGAAGUUUUUGAAAAAAAUAUAUUUCUUUCGCCCGGUUAUGCAUACAUUUUAUUAUUUGUUAUGUCAUGUACAUUUCAAUUGCCAAUUUUGAACUCGUCAUUGAAUCUGAUCGUUCGUGGUCUUUGCUACGAGAAAUUCAAUCCGCCUUUAGCUAGAUAUGUCGUAAGAUCGUAACGUUUAAUACAAAAAAAACAUGAAACGUUUACUUUAGCUCUUCUAAGGUGAAAAGAAUUUAACUAACGAUACGAUGUAAUUAGCGAACUGUAGUCGCGAAGAAAGAGGAUCGUCGAGAGAAGCACAUAGUUCGAUUAUCUGAUUCCUAUCGAAUCGAUUGAGGAUCGAUGAAUUCAAAUGAAACAUAAUACAGUACCUGCCUAUUCCAGAGAGGGCCGUACACAUUGAAUGCAUUUACCAAGACGAAGCUUUAAAAGACGAGCUCGCGGCAUUAAUCAAUUCUAUCUAAUGCAUUCGUUAUAUUGUGUCAUCGAAACGUAUAGAUAUAUCGUAUAAAUCUGUCGGACGACUUCAAGACACAAAUUUAUUUGUAAUUUUUAGAUCUACAAUUAACGUUGCGUGUGCAUAAAUGUGAAUAAUAUUUUCGCACCAAUUCUUGAAAUAUUUCCUGCUAAAAAAUAAAAAACGAAUAUUCCAUAAAACGGACAUCAAAUAAAUAAAACGAAUAAACGGAUAACGUAAAAAUAAAUAAAAGACUGUGCGAUCCCGCCUCUGUGAAUCGUAAAGCUUCGUUUUGAGCUCAAUGAAUUGAGAGUGUGCGUCUAAUGCUGGCCUAUUAACUUAUAUUCGUCUUUUCACAAAAAAAUCGUUCGUUUGUACCUCGCGCCGAAGGAAAUAAGGAAUACACACACACACACAUAUAUAUAUAGAUAUAUAUAUAUGACAUACGUUACCCUCUAUUGCCAAAGAUAAAUUUUUUGUAUAAUCGAUAACUUUCCUACUUAUAAUUAUUGGAAAGAACACGACCACCUUGUACGACUUUAUCUUGCACUCCGUUUCGUUCGAAAUAUCUUUUUAGCUUAUGUAUGCGUGUGUUGAUGUGUGCAUGACAAAAUCAUGGAACACAGAAUAGGCACGACCGAUGUAGUUCACUUUAAUGACUUGUAGCAGUUUAAAUAUUUCUAUCAAAUUUUUAUUUAUCUCAAUUCGAUUCCGAUUUUUAGAGACUUUUUAUAUACGUUUUAAUUUUUAAAAUGACUACCGUUUUAAAACUAAAAGUUAAAUCGAACCUAUAUAUUACACGUCGUAGCGCGUAAUUGGAUUUUUUGUAUAAAUUUCAAAUCAGUCUGUUCAAACAUUUAGAACGUAUAUAAAACUGACAUAUGUAUGCGGACAAAUAUAUAUAAACUUUGAUGAAAAAUUAAAAGAUAGAUGAAGAUCUUUCGUUAAGUCUACAAAAUUUCAGCAAAAUUUAUGGUUAUACCCGAUACCGUAUUAAAUAUUUCUGCAAAAUUUGAAUCGUGUUUGUCGUACGUGUCGUUUUUUAUGAAUGCUUUAAUUUUUCAAGAUACUGUCACUUUAAAACCGUAAGUCUGAUCGAUGAGAAAUUGCUUAUUAAUCUUCGUUGUAAGUAAUUUUAUUUUUGGUUUGAAUUCCAAGUCAAUAUAUCCAACCGUUUAUGAUUGAGUGGAUAAACAGACGCGCAUACACGCACACACAUCUAUAUAUAUAUAUAAUAAAGUUUUGAUAUAAAACGUAGAGAAUCAAAGAGGUUUUUGGUUAUCUCGAGUAGUUCACGGAUAAUCGUCCGUUAUACUUUUCACUGUGCGUAAUGAACUACGGUCGUGCCUAAAAAAAAAAUUGUAAUAGAGAUCGACGGACGGAAACUUUGGUGAUUUAAGAGAAGAGAAACCUUUUAUUGUAUAAAUAAAAAUCGAGGAAGUAAAGUAGGUUUCGACCUUUCUUCGAAUAUUCUCGAUACGAGUUACGCUAUUAUAAACAUUUUUCUUCGUCUUAUUUUUCAAAAGUAACACUCGCGUAUCUAUUAGACGGCAAGUAUAUUACAAAUAUCGAUCGAGUGGACGAUUCGGAGAACUAUACUUAUAUGUAUGAAAAGUAUUUUGUGCUCACGUAUGUACGUCUAACGAUAUAUAUUCUGUGUAAUCUACAGUGUGUAGAGAACAAAAAAAAAUAAGAAUUAUAAAGAAAAUCAUCGUUAUAGAGUAUGACUAUAAAACUUGAUGUACUCGUACAAAAACACAGCACCAAUAAACAUGGCCUAAGCAGCAUGA